AUGGAAGCACAUGGAUCUCAAUAUUUUCUUGUCUCUCUGGUUUUAUGUUUACUAUGCAUGAGAAGUACAGUUGGAAACAGCAGUAGUGUGACAGAGUUUAAGAGCAUCAAGUGCCUAAAGUGGGAGAAACAAGCUCUUCUCAACUUCAAACAUGGCCUUGUGGAUACAUUCAAUCAGCUUUCGACUUGGGGUUCCGAAGAAGAAGAUUGCUGCAAGUGGAGACGAGUUUGGUGCAACCGAAAAUCCGGCCAUGUUUACGGCCUUGACCUACGCCCUCCUUAUGUUUUUCUACCUGGCGCAGGAUUCGAUUACAAGCCUUUUGGAGGAGAAAUAAGUUCUUCAUUGCUUCAGCUGCGUUAUUUAACAUACUUGGAUUUGAGUUUGUUUGACACAAGUAGAUGUAGAUCCCUGCCAGAAUUCAUUGGUUCUUUAAUAAACUUGAGGUAUUUGAACUUGUCGGGGAGUUCCUUCACCGGAACACUUGCUGAUCGGCUCGGAAACCUCUCCAGGUUGGUUUCUCUUGAUAUUAGAGAUAAUAAUUUUGACCAGCUUGAAAACCUUCAGUUUCUUUCUCAUUUUCCUGCAUUAAAACAUCUUGACAUGAGCCAUAACAAUCUUAGCCGCGCAAUAGACUGGUUGGAAGCAAUCAACAAGCUCCCUUCUCUGGUCAGCUUGCAGUUGAGGGAUUGUGGGCUCUCUGUGUUGAUUCCUCCACGUCUAUCUUUCGCCAAUGCUUCCAAGUUUCUUGCGGUCAUUGAUCUUAGGUACAAUAGCAUAUCAUCCUCCAUCUUCCCUUGGCUGUUCAACUUCAAUAAUAGUCUCGUUUCUCUAUGCCUCGAAAACAAUGUGCUACGCGGCCCAAUUCCAUGUGCUUUUGGGGCGAUGAUUUCGCUUAAACAACUCAAACUUGCUUUUAAUAAUCUUGAAGGUCAGAUUCCGAGAUCAUUUGAGAAUCUUUGCAAUCUGAAAGAACUUGAUUUAUCAGAAAACAAUCUAACAGGACACUUUCCCAAUCCAAGAAACUUUUCCUUUCUUGAAGUUUUGGAUCUCUCUUUAAAUUCCAUGUCUGGUGUUAUCUCAGACAUCCAUUUUUCAAGGCUCUCCAAGUUGUGGUACUUGGACAUUUCUGAUAAUUUUUAUACUUUUACUUCAAGCUCUAACUGGAUUCCACCUUUUCAGCUUAUCAGCUUAAAAAUGAGAUCAUGCAUUCUGGGACCCCGUUUUCCGCAAUGGCUGCACACACAAAAGAAACUCAUUCACCUUGAUAUUUCGAACACCAAUAUUUCCGAUCACAUCAGUGAUCGAUUCUGGGAACUUCCUCCGACACUGAGAUACCUGAAUCUUUCCUCCAAUCUAAUCAAAGGUCAAGUGUAUAAAUUACCACUCAUUCUUGAUACAAUUGACCUGAGUUUUAACUGCUUUCAUGGCCCAAUACCUCAACUGCCACCUGAUACAACAAUAUUGAAUCUCUCCAAAAACAUGUUCUCAGGAACUCUAUCCAACCUAUGUUCAAUAUCAGGUGAGAAACUGGAAUACCUUGACCUUUCUGAUAACAUGCUAACCGGAGAACUUCCCGAUUGUUGGAAGAAUUGGAAAUCCAUGAUUCUCAAUUUGGCAAACAAUAAAUUGUAUGGUGCUAUCCCUCCCUCAUUUGGAUUACUUGGGCUCGAAACAUUGCAUUUCAGCAACAACAACUUCUCCGGUGAACUGUUUCCGUCCCUUGCUAAUUCGACAAGUUUACAAUUUGUAGACCUUGGAAAUAACCAAUUCUCUGGUAGAAUUCCAGCAUGGAUAGGGAACAAUUUUAAAGAUCUGAUUGUUCUUCGACUAAGAUCAAAUCGUUUCUACGGAAGCAUACCUUUGGAACUAUGUUAUCUGGCUUCACUUCAAAUAUUGGAUCUCUCAGAUAACAUUAUAUCAGGAAGCAUACCUCAGUGCUUCAGUAAUCUCACAGCCAUGGCAAGAAAAAAUGGCACAAUUGAUCCUUGGCGCUAUCCUUUGUAUUCGCAUCCUUUGGAUGAUCUCAAUCCAAAUGGAUGGAUUGCAAUGGUGCCGUAUUCGGAAAUUAUUAGAGUCGUAUGGAAAGGACUAGAGGUAGAGUAUGGAAAAACUAUUGGCCUUGUUCGGUGCAUUGAUCUUUCGAGUAAUAUAUUGAGCGGAAAAAUUCCUGAUGAAAUUACUGACCUCGCAGGACUGAUUUCCCUAAAUUUGUCGCGCAAUCAAUUGAAUGGAAUUAUUCCUCGCACCAUCGGUCGAUUGAGUUUGAUAGAAUCUUUCGAUCUAUCAGCAAAUCAUCUGUCCGGUAGCCUUUCAGAGGGCCUUAGUGAUCUGAAUUUUUUGAGCUACCUAAACUUGUCAGAUAACAAUUUCUCAGGAAAAAUUCCGGGGAGUACUCAACUACAGAGCUUUGAUGAGAAGUUUUUCAUGGGGAACAGAGAGCUGUGUGGCAAACCACUUCUAAAGAAGUGCCCUGGUGAAGAGCCUGAUCGUCUCUCGACCGAAGGAGGCGGCAAAGUUGUUGAAGACGAAGAUGAGAUUAUAAGCUCAGGAUUUUACGUGAGCAUGGCGGUGGGGUUCGUUACAGGAUUUUGGAUAGUUUGUGGAAAGUCUGUUGCUUCACAGGUCUGGCCAGCUGCUAGCUGCUUCCAGUACUUUCAUGUUAGAGCUUCAGCAUAUUGUCUUAUACAUAACUUUAUAGAGCACAUGAAAGAAGAAAUAAAUGAUGAACAAUAA